AUGUCUAACAAACCAACUAAUAAAUUAAUAGAUAUUAUUCAUGAAGGUCUUGAUGGUAAAAUUUCAUUAAUUGGUUAUCCUUAUGAUAUUGGGGCAAAGAGAGAAAAAAUUCAAUAAGGAUAAGAAGAUGGGCCUGAUUGCCUAAGAAGGUUUUUAAAUAAAGUAGGAUCAAUAGUAAAUUAUGAGUAUUAAAUUGAUAUAUCAAAUCUUAAAAUUAGCGAUUAUGGAAAUAUAUAUAUAUAAGGUAAUAAAGAUUAGACAUCAGAAGAUUUAAUAAAUAAAUUGCAGUUAAAAAUUUCAAGUGUAUUUAAGAAAGGAAACAUUCCCUUUUUAAUCGGUGGAUCUAAAGAAUGUUCAUUUGGAAUAAUUAAUUAAUUUUAUGGCUUGUAAGGAAGUCACGCUAUAAUAAGUAUUUCUUAAAAUAUUGAUGUAGAUUUACUUUUCGAUGGAGAUAAGCUUAGUAUAAAUAGCGGUAUGAGAAAGUUUUUUAUAGAAAACUAAUAAAAGCUCGAUAGUAAUAAUUUUAAAGUGCAAUACUUUGGUGCUUAAAGCUAAACAUUAAAUAUAACGCAAUUGAAAUUCAUUUAAGAAAAUUAAAGCUUAAUAUAACUACAUUAUCUUAAUUUAAUAAGAUAAUAUUAAAUUAAUCCUUCUUAAAAUCUCAGAUAACCAUCAACUUAAGCUUGUCAGUAUUUCUUGUUUUUAUUGAAAAACCAUAUAACACAAAGCAAUAUUCAUUUAUCAUUAUCAUUAGAGGCUAUUAACAGUGCUUGUUGUCCAGGAGUUUCAAGGCCAAGUGUUAUUGGAGGUUUAACAAGUGAAGAAAUUAUUGAAAUUAUGUUUUAAGCAGGAAUCGAUGAAAGAAUCAAAAGUAUAGAUAUUACAGAUUAUAAUCCAAAUAUAGAAGAUUAUAGAACUGGUUUGCUUUUAGCAAAUUUAAUAUAUUAUUAUUGUUUAGGGUAUUGUGAAAGAUUAAAAAAAGAAUGAUAUAUUGAUUUAAUAUUAUAAAUAAACAAAAUAUUCUAUUAAUUAAAUAA